AUGAAGUCGUUUACUGCCACGCUGUCUCCCCUCUUGGCGCUCUCUUCAGCAACCCUGUCCGCUGCGUACGAUCAUGCCCAAUUGAAUGGUAUGACCGUCUUCGGAUAUCAAGCCUGGUAUCCAACUUGGGACCCCAACCACCAGCCGCAGGACCAAGUUCACAGCAACGACUUCAAAUGGUUCAACCCUGCGCAAGGAACACCGGGGCCACCCAACCCUCCGAACAGUCAAGUCCUGACUGACACUCUUCCUUACGUCGAGGACUACCCAAGCGAGUGUUGGGAGACGACAAACUUCAUUCUCGCGAACGGAUCGCAUGCUCAAUUCUUCAACAGCUACUGCACCGCAGUAAUUGAGAAGCACUUUCAGUAUAUGGUGCAGUACGGCAUCGAUGGCGUCUUCGUCCAACGAUUCUUCGAUGCCGCCACACCUUCGAACGACUACUACAACGCUACUCUACAGGCACUCCAAACUAUUCAACAAAUGGCAGAGAAGUACAACAAAUACUUUGCCGUCGAGUACGAUCUCAGCGGCAAGACGGAUGCCUGGGGACCUGACCAAUAUCUCACCAUCUUGCAAAACGACUACAACAAUGUUGUGAAGCCGCUGUUCUCGAGCAAGAGCUACAUUUACAACGGAACCCGUCCCGUCGUCGAAAUUUGGGGCGUUGCAAUCAACAACGGCACCGGUCCCAACGGCUCCAAAUUCAAAGACAUCAUCAACCGCUUCCAAGAAGCCCCUGAGAACCCAUUCAUGGUCGCAGGCGUGCCGCACAACUGGCUCGACUACAAGACCCGAGACCCCAACGGGUAUUGGCCAGCCUUCCAGCAAGCCGACUGCAUCCAGCCCUGGCCUGUCGGCGCCUUCUCAACGAUCUCAGACUUCCAGUGGUCUGUCCAGCACGAGCUGCUCCCUGGAAAGGCCCAGACCGAUUCGUGGGGCAUCAAAUUUGGGGGUGCAUUCACCCCUGGUGGAUCGAAUCGCAAUGCGAACACCAAUGCGACGUAUCAACCGCCGCUUGGAAGCCGCUUCAAUGGAACGUUUUACGAGGAGCAGUUGAAGUCAUUCUCCAAUGGCACCGUCAAGGCGUGGUUCAACUUUGGGGCCAUGUUUGAUGAGUACACUGAGGGUAAGCCUGCCAUCCAGCCCCCUUCCUUCAAGAACCUCCCGACGAAUCCAAAUCCAGGUUUCUUGGGUAGCGAUGAUGACAAGAGUCCUUUCUACUACAUGCAGUUGUCUGGCCAGUAUACCACUGAGAAUCAUCAACUUUGGGGCCAACAGCCACUUUAG